AUGGACAAUAUCACGGACGGUGCGGAACGCGCCAUGUUUCGGCGCAUGAAAAUGAGCGGAUACGAGGAGAUGCUCUUCGUUUUGAGCAAGAACGAACCGGUGGAGCCGGUCGUGCCGCCGAUGAGAAAGGUUUGCGGAUAUUGUAGAGUUCCUGUGAUAUUUCUCUCGUUUUCCGCGCCGCUAUUGUGCCAAGUGUCCGCAACUCGAGUUCCCGAACGAAUCCGCCCGGCUCUGGCACCAAUUCGUCCACGUCAAAGAAUACAACGGUUUUCUGGAGCGAAGUGAGCAUUCUGGCACCACGAUUCUACCCGAAUUCAACUUUGUACGUCCUAAAAGUCUCGGAAAACCCGCAAAUCUCGUGGAUUUUGCAGUCCAAAGUCGGCAGAAAUUUGCGGGAAAUCCGGGGUGCGCACAGCUGAACGAGUGUUACCGUACACCAUAUAACUACGGUAUUUUUUUGAAAAAAAUUAGCCAAUUUGAAAAAAAUUCCAAAAAAAUUCUCGAGAAAUUUAAAUUUUUUUCAAAAAAAUACCGUUGAAAAUUUAGCCAAGAAAUUUGAAAAAAAUUUCAAAAAUUCUCGAUAAAUUUAAAUUUUUUUCAAAAAAAUACCGUUGAAAAAUUUAGCCAAGAAAUUUGAAAAAAAUUCCAAAAAAAUUCUCGAGAAAUUUAAAUUUUUUUCAAAAAAAAUACCGUUGAAAAAAAUUAGCCAAGAAAUUAGAAAAAAAUUCCAAAAAAAUUCUCGAGAAAUUUAAAUUUUUUUAAAAAAAUACCGUUGAAAAAUUUACCUAAAAAAAUUUGAAAAAAAUUCCAAAAAAAUUCUCGAGAAAUUUAAAUUUUUUUCAAAAAAAUACCGUUGAAAAUUUAGCCAAGAAAUUUGAAAAAAAUUCCAAAAAAAUUCUCGAGAAAUUUAAAUUUUUUUCAAAAAAAUACCGUUGAAAAUUUAGCCAAGAAAUUUGAAAAAUUCCAAAAAUUCUCGAGAAAUUUAAAUUUUUCCAAAAAAUACCGUAGUUUUAUGGUGUACGGUAACACUCGUUCAGCUGUGCGCACCUCGGAUUUCCCGCAAAUUUCUGCCGACUUUGGACUGCAAAAUCCACGAGAUUUGCGGGUUUUCCCGAGACUUUGGACGUGGCACAACCCAAAAGGGACCGUUUUGCAGUGUGCUCCGUGUCCUCACUCCAAGUGCAAUCUCAAAUUUUUCGAUUUCAUCGACGCGAAAAUCCAUUAUCUGCUCGCCCACCAGUGCUGUGUUUUGACGUGUUGCGGACGGAGAUUUCACGAUUAUCGGGCCGUUUUGGACCACUUUGAAUGUACAUUCAAAUGUCAAAAUGACGAUGAUAAUGCUGAGAGACAUUAUUUGAAUGUAAGUUACCGUAAUCCGCUUGUGAGCAACCCCUAGUUUCUCUUCGAUUUUGAGCAAAAUGGAAUACUUUUCUAGGUUUACUGUCAUUUUUAUUGCUGUACAGUAAUCCUGGCCUAUUUUUGUUCGCGUUUCAAGACCCUAACAUCACUAUUUUUUUCCUACAACCACUCUCUGUCGGUUUUCAAAGUUUGGCCACGACUAAAAUUAGACCCAACUUUUGAUGGCUACAGUACUCCAGGGAGUGAUCGUAUCAAAAAGUGUUCAACUACAAAAUGAAAGUUCCCCCCUAGUACUCACUUUUUGUAGUUGACCACUUUUUCCUAGCAGCACUCCGCAGAGUACUGUAGCUCUUUGAAGUACGGUGAGCAAGUUUUGCAGGUGAUGUACGUGUGCAACUGUUGCUCGAAAUCAUGGCCGACGCGGACCGAACACGCGAAUCAUCUGCACGGCCGAGAACACAUGUGUCCUGACCCUGUCUGUCGUCGCGUUUUCGCUGAAAACGAGCACGCCAUCACUCAUUUCUUCGAUGUUCAUUACGUGAGUAUGUAGAUCCUUAAUAUCGCCUAUUCGGAUUGAUGUAUCUCGGCUGUCGGUAGAGCUAUCAAAAAGUCAUUAACUAUCAAAAUGUGCAAAAUUUGUCAAUGAACAUUUCAUCAGUUGACCACUUUUCGAUAUCUGUACCGGCAGCUGAAAUAUGCGAGCCAGAGUUGAGCAGACACGGAAGAAUUUUUAUCUUUUUUAGAAAUUUUUUUCAUGGAAUGUGAUCAACUGACGAAAUGUAGAGCAAAGUGAACUCUGCUCAUAAAAAAAUAAUUGUAAAUUUAGCUUUUCAUACAAAAAAGUUAUUCGAGUUGUUGCGUGAAAAAGGAGAGCUAACGGAACAACUCGAAUAACUUUUUUGUAUGAAUCGCUAAAUUUACAAUUAUUUUUCAAUGAGCAGAGUUCACUUUGCUAUACAUUUCGUCAGUUGAUCACAUUUCAUGAAAAAAUUUUCUAAAAAAGAUAAAAAUUAUUCCGUGUUCUUUCGCUCAAUUCUGAUACGAGCUAGACGGACCGGACCGGUACGGUUUUAGAGUCAUCUGGUGAUCGACAAUCGUAAAGUGUUCCUCAGUUUCAAACAUUUUUUGAAGUACGAUGCGACACGACGCGAGAGAAUGCAUGUAAAUUAUUUGGAGACGUACAAUAGUUUUGCCGAUCUCGUUUACAGGGUCAAUUGAGAUGCGAAGUCUGUUUGAGACUCUUCAAUUCGGCGAAGCGAAUGAGAAGACAUUUCGAGGCGGACGACUGUAUCGUUGACUCGAAAACAGUAGAAAUACACUAGAAAGGGUACAAACUCUCGCAAUCGCUUCUUUUGCAGACGUUCCCGCCGGUGGUGCCGUGCAGUUGCGGCCACCAAUUCGUCUAUUGCUUCCACCAACGCGACUUUCUCCUCCGAACGCUUCCGUCGUUCCGUGAGGCGAUCGAGAGCAUCGCAAGAGAGGCGCCCUACAAUCGAAUGCCCGACGACGUGGUAUUCUGACUCGAACUAACAAGCGACGAAUCUUGAAGAUGUCUCACUUUCAGAUCGAAAUCUACGCAACGAUGAUCAAAGUGAUCGGAGAGGUAAACGAGCGUCUGCUCGAGGAGAAGUACAUCAGCUACCAGCGCGUCGACGCUUUCGAGCACGACGAUUUGAGUGCUCGGCAAGUGGCGGACCUUCUGCUCGGAGUCGUCGACUACUUCUCCACUCUUUUGUAG